GAGCGGCACAGGCAGCCCCGGCAGCCGCGCCCGGCCCGGCCCGGCCCCGCGGCCCCCGCGCAGAUUAGAAACAAAAACAAUAGAGGAGAAUCACCCACCCCCCUGGAUCUUAGCCUUGGCCUUUUUCAAGCAAAGAGAAGAGGAGCUGCCAGGCUUUGCAUGUCAAGUGGCCACUCGGCUGUUUGACAGCUUCUGGGUUUCAACCCCGUUGGGAUUGAGGCAGCUCAAGCAACCACGAGCGAUGAGUCCUGUCGUCUGCUGACGCUGCUCCAGCACCAUGGCAGACUGGCUGUGAUAUGACAAGAGGAGCCAUCCUAGGGAGGCAGCGCUGGGAUCCAUAAUUGGCUUCCUGGGAAACUACAGCUGGUGGAGAGGAUGUAAAAAGAGGCGCGCAUGUGCCAGGAUAUUGCUACAGCCUUGCUGAGCUGGUGGAUCCACUUGGAGGAGAGUUUUGCCACUGAUCUUGGUUUUUUUCCCGGUUUGGUAAUGUUGGCUUUGGGGAAAAUUUCUGCUGACUCACCCACCCCUGGACACCUUUUGCAGAGCGUGGCCGGCCAGUGAAGAGAUCCGACGGCGCCUUACCCCGACUGCGGGUCCCCUCCGGUGACCCCUGGCACCAUCUUGUGCCCAACCCCAUCCCGUGGGGCAGCUGCAGCCCCCCGCCCCGGGGAGUCUCCCACAGUGACCCCCGCACCCGGGGCGGGGGUGAGCGUGGCCAAAGCUUCCAGCGCGGCCGGCGCCCGGCAAGAUUUUACCCUGUCUGCCGCCGGGGCCCCGGUGCCGCCCCCCGCCAGCCCUGCCGCCCCGCUCAGCCGCCCCAGGCCGCGCAGGAUGGGGGCGGUGCUGGUGCGGCGCGGGGGCUGCCUGCUGCUCUGGCUGGCCCUACUGCUGGGCUGCUGGGCCGAGCUGGGCAGCGGGCUGGAGUUCCCGGGUGCGGAGGGCCAGUGGACCCGCUUCCCCAAGUGGAACGCCUGCUGCGAGAGCGAAAUGAGCUUCAACAUGAAGACGCGCAGCUCCAGCGGGCUGGUGCUCUACUUCGACGACGAGGGUUUCUGUGACUUCCUGGAGCUCAUCCUCACCCAGGGAGGGCGGCUACAGCUCAGCUUCUCCAUCUUCUGCGCCGAGCCCGCCACCCUGCUCUCGGACACGGCGGUCAACGACAACCGCUGGCAUGCCGUUGUCAUCCGCCGCCACUUCAAGAACACGACGCUGAUCAUUGACCGAGCGGAGGCCAAGUGGGUGGAGGUGAAGUCCAAACGGCGGGACAUGACUGUCUUCAGCGGGCUCUUCCUAGGAGGGCUCCCGCCGGAGCUGCGGUCGGCGACGCUAAAGCUGACGCUCUCCUCCGUCAAGGACCGGGAGCCCUUCAAGGGCUGGAUAACAGACGUGCGGGUGAACUACACGCAGGCGUCGCCGCUGGAGAGCCAGGAGGUGCGGCUGGAUGACGAGCAGAGCCGGCUGUGCGCCAGGGACGACGUCUGCCUCAACGGGGGGGUCUGCUCGGUGCUCAACGACCAGGCCGUCUGCGACUGCUCCCAAACGGGCUUCCGAGGGAAGGACUGCAGUGAAGAAGACAACUAUGUGGAAGGUCUGGCGCACCUGAUGAUGGGCGACCAAGGUAAAAGUAAAGGAAAAGAAGAAUAUAUUGCCACAUUCAAGGGAUCAGAGUACUUCUGCUAUGAUUUGUCUCAGAACCCCAUACAGAGCAGCAGUGAUGAAAUAACUCUGUCCUUUAAAACGCUGCAGAGGAACGGACUGAUGCUUCACACAGGAAAAUCGGCCGAUUAUGUCAAUCUUGCACUGAAAAAUGGAGCUGUCUCCUUGGUCAUUAAUUUGGGCUCAGGGGCCUUUGAAGCGCUGGUGGAACCUGUGAAUGGGAAAUUUAAUGACAAUGCCUGGCAUGAUGUGAAAGUAACCAGGAAUCUGCGUCAGCACUCAGGCAUUGGACACGCUAUGGUAAACAAACUACAUUGUUCGGUGACAAUAUCAGUGGAUGGAAUUCUGACCACAACGGGAUACACGCAAGAAGACUACACCAUGCUGGGCUCUGAUGACUUUUUCUAUGUUGGAGGCAGUCCUAGCACAGCAGACCUCCCAGGGUCACCAGUCAGUAACAACUUUAUGGGCUGUCUCAAAGAGGUUGUAUAUAAAAAUAACGAUGUCAGGUUGGAGCUGUCUCGACUUGCCAAGCAAGGGGAUCCUAAAAUGAAGAUUCAUGGGGUUGUAGCAUUUAAAUGUGAGAAUGUUGCAACCUUAGAUCCAAUCACAUUUGAAACACCAGAGUCUUUCAUCUCUCUGCCAAAGUGGAAUGCCAAGAAAACAGGCUCAAUAUCAUUUGACUUUCGUACAACUGAGCCAAAUGGCCUCAUUCUUUUCAGUCAUGGGAAACCAAGGCACCAAAAAGAUGCCAAACAUCCGCAGAUGGUGAAGGUCGAUUUUUUUGCCAUUGAGAUGCUUGAUGGCCACCUCUACCUGCUGUUAGACAUGGGAUCAGGUACUAUAAAAAUAAAAGCCUUGCAGAAGAAGGUGAAUGAUGGUGAAUGGUACCACGUGGAUUUUCAGCGGGAUGGGCGGUCAGGGACGAUAUCUGUGAACACGUUACGUACUCCAUACACUGCACCAGGGGAAAGUGAAAUCCUUGACUUGGAUGAUGACUUGUAUCUUGGAGGCUUACCAGAAAAUAAAGCAGGCCUGGUCUUCCCAACAGAAGUGUGGACAGCACUCCUCAAUUAUGGAUACGUCGGCUGCAUCCGAGAUUUAUUUAUUGAUGGUCAAAGCAAAGAUAUUCGACAGAUGGCUGAAAUUCAAAGCACAGCUGGAGUAAAACCCUCAUGCUCCAGAGAAACUGCAAAGCCUUGCCUUAGCAACCCCUGUAAAAACAAUGGUGUGUGCAGGGAUGGGUGGAACAGAUAUGUGUGUGAUUGCUCUGGCACGGGGUACCUUGGCAGAUCGUGCGAAAGAGAGGCCACAAUUUUAAGCUAUGAUGGGAGUAUGUUUAUGAAAAUCCAGCUUCCUGUGGUGAUGCACACAGAGGCCGAAGAUGUUUCUUUAAGGUUCAGGUCCCAGAGAGCUUAUGGCAUUUUAAUGGCCACGACUUCCAGGGAAUCUGCAGAUACCCUUCGGUUAGAGCUGGAUGCAGGACGAGUUAAGCUAACGGUCAACCUAGACUGUAUCAGGAUUAACUGUAAUUCCAGCAAAGGCCCAGAAACCCUUUUUGCUGGCUAUAACCUCAAUGAUAAUGAGUGGCACACAGUGCGCGUGGUGCGGCGAGGAAAAGGUUUAAAGUUAAUGGUGGAUGACCAGCAGGCUGUGACAGGUCAAAUGGCUGGAGAUCACACACGGCUGGAGUUCCACAACAUAGAAACAGGAAUAAUAACAGAACGGCGCUACCUGUCUUCUGUGCCUUCUAAUUUUAUUGGGCAUCUGCAGAGUCUCACAUUUAAUGGCAUGGCAUACAUUGACUUAUGUAAAAAUGGAGACAUCGAUUAUUGUGAGCUAAAUGCAAGAUUCGGGUUCAGGAACAUCAUAGCAGACCCUGUAACCUUUAAAACAAAAGCAAGUUAUGUUGCACUGGCCACGCUACAAGCGUACACAUCUAUGCACCUUUUUUUCCAGUUCAAAACCACCUCCCUGGAUGGAUUGAUACUUUUUAACAGUGGCGAUGGAAAUGAUUUCAUUGUGGUUGAAUUAGUGAAAGGGUAUUUACACUAUGUGUUUGACUUGGGAAACGGUGCCAACCUCAUCAAGGGAAGUUCUAAUAAACCUCUGAAUGACAACCAGUGGCAUAAUGUCAUGAUAUCAAGGGAUACCAACAACCUACACACUGUAAAGAUUGACACUAAAAUCACAACACAGAGCACAGCAGGAGCCAGAAAUCUAGAUCUAAAAAGUGAUUUAUAUAUUGGAGGAGUGGCCAAAGAAAUGUUUAAAUCCCUGCCCAAGCUGGUGCAUGCAAAGGAGGGGUUCCAAGGCUGCCUUGCAUCAGUUGACUUGAACGGACGGCUCCCUGAUCUCAUCUCAGAUGCUCUCUUCUGCAAUGGGCAAAUAGAAAGAGGAUGUGAAGUUGCAUUGAUGAAAGCUGAUUUGCAAGGCCCCAGCACCACGUGCCAAGAGGAUUCCUGUGCAAACCAGGGCGUGUGCCUUCAGCAGUGGGAUGGGUUCAGCUGUGACUGCAGCAUGACCUCCUUCAGUGGGCCAUUGUGCAAUGACCCGGGGACAACGUAUAUCUUUAGCAAAGGUGGUGGACAGAUCACUUACACGUGGCCUCCCAACGACCGGCCGAGCACUCGAGCAGACAGACUGGCAAUAGGGUUUAGCACUGUACAAAAAGAGGCUGUGCUGGUGCGAGUGGACAGCUCUACUGGCCUUGGAGAUUAUUUAGAGCUGCAUAUUCACCAGGGCAAAAUCGGAGUUAAGUUUAAUGUCGGGACGGACGACAUCGCCAUCGAGGAGAUGAACGCCAUCAUCAAUGACGGGAAGUACCACGUGGUGCGCUUCACCCGGAGCGGUGGCAAUGCCACCCUGCAGGUGGACAACUGGCCCGUCAUCGAGCGCUACCCAGCAGGAAACAAUGAUAACGAGCGCCUGGCGAUUGCUAGACAGCGAAUUCCAUAUCGACUUGGUCGAGUAGUUGAUGAAUGGCUACUCGACAAAGGGCGUCAGCUCACAAUCUUCAAUAGCCAAGCAACAAUAAAAAUUGGAGGCAAGGAACGUGGCCACCCUUUCCAAGGCCAGCUCUCUGGUCUUUACUACAAUGGCUUGAAAGUUCUGAAUAUGGCAGCAGAAAAUGAUGCCAACAUCAUGAUAGAAGGGAAUGUGAGACUUGUUGGUGAAGUGCCUUCCUCUAUGACAACCGAGUCCACAGCCACCGCCAUGCAGUCGGAGAUGUCCACGUCAGUCAUGGAAACCACCACCACCCUGGCCACCAGCACCGCCAGAAGAGGAAAGGCUCCGACCAAAGAACCCAUUGGUCAGACUUCAGAUGACAUCCUGGUGGCCUCGGCUGAAUGUCCCAGCGAUGAUGAGGACAUCGAUCCCUGUGAGCCGAGCUCAGGUGGGUUAGCAAACCCCACCCGGGCGGGAGGAGGACGGGAGUACCCCGGCUCGUCCGAGGUGAUCCGCGAAUCCAGCAGCACGACGGGCAUGGUGGUCGGGAUCGUGGCGGCGGCGGCGCUGUGCAUCCUCAUCCUCCUGUAUGCCAUGUACAAGUACAGGAAUCGAGACGAGGGCUCCUACCACGUGGAUGAGAGUCGAAACUACAUCAGUAACUCAGCACAAUCCAACGGGGCUGUGAUCAAGGAGAAGCAGCCCAACAGCGCUAAAAGUUCCAACAAAAACAAGAAAAAUAAGGAUAAGGAGUACUAUGUCUGAUCUCAACAUCUAAAAGAACGCUUGUAUAGAAAUAGUCUUCAUUUUAUCUGAGACAUAAUACAAACUUAUUUACUUUACUUUUUAUGAAGCACAUUCAAAAACAAACAAACAGAAAAGACAGGGAAUGCAAUCAGAAAGGAAAGACUGUUUUUAAAAACAAGCAUUUCAUGCUCUUGUUUUUCAGAAACAGGAGCUGAUAAAUUCCCUAACAUCCACAGUGUUUUCAUUUACUCUGCCUGUCUUUAUGUUGCUGGAACGUUUCUGAAAGACAAUGAUGACACCACGCACUCAUAAAGCAAGGAGUAUUACUACAACAUCGAGGCACAAUAUGAAAAAAAAAAAUCAAAUUUAAAAAAAAAACAAAACAGGAAAAAAAAAAAGAAAAAAGAAGCUACCUAUGAUUCUGGAUUUAGCCAAAGUGCUAGCGCUUUCUUGAGAAGUAAGUUAGUCUUAUUGUCAGAGAAGACUGUCAUUAUAUAUGGUGACUCAACAAGCAAACAUAAAGAGUUUGCCGUCUGGUGCAGUGAAGCAGUGAUUGGAAACUUGCAUUUUGAAACAAAGUGCUGGCUUUUCUGAAGACUUAUGUAGAAAUACUUUCAAAAAGCCCCUUUCUGGUUGUGAGGAAAAUAGUAUGGAGGCCUUAUUUUCAAAAACAAAAACAAAAAAUCUGGAAUAUAAGGCACAUUUCCACAAAAAUAUUAAAAAAAAAAAAAGAAAAAAAAAAGAAAAACAAGAGGGCAUAGAUGCAAUCAUUGGGAAAUUUUCAUGCACGCUUAAUAUGUUAUUACAUAUGUUUAUAUAAAAACACAUCUAUAUGUGCUUUCUGGACUGUGAUAAGUGAUGUUUUAUAGCCUGUUGUAUAGAAAAUGCAAACUAUAUCUGCUCUUCAGCCAUUUUUGGUAAACUCAAUGUUAUAAGUGUUGCUAGGUAUAGAGAGUUUUAUGACAUCUGGAGCAACAGACAUUCUUCAGUUUUUUUGCAGCCAUUAUAAAUUGUCCCAGACUUUUUCCCCUUUUUUUUUUUGAUUUUUAAUUUACAGUGUAGUGGUUAUACAAAGGGGGAUGUGUAUGAAUGUAUAUAAGAGUCAGCUAAUUUUUUUCUUACCUGUACAGCUCUAUUAUGUUGCAAUUAAGUUUCAGUAGUUUGUAUGAAAGAAGUGGACUAGAAAGCAAAAAUAUAUCUCUACUGUAAUUUGUCUUCUCCCUCCUAUCCCCAUCUCUUGCUCCUGAUAUGCAUCAAUGAAGUUGAUCAGAAUGGCCAAUUUUCCUAGAAAUAUACAUUCAUUAAUUAGCUAAAUAUUUAGUGACUUAAACUGGCCUUUGGCUUCCAGUCAAAGCUUCACUAUUGGAGAGCAUGGUUUGCCUUACAGAAACCUUGUUCUUAGAAAUUACGAGAAUGAUGAGUUUCUUGAGAAUCUUAGGAAGUAUCAUAUAGUGUUUAUCUGGCAUUCGUAUGAAGAACAGCUACUACAGCACUGGGUGGUAAAAGAUCUAAAAAUACCCAUUGUAAUUAUCCAGGCUGAUUCUAUUGCAGAAUUUAUCCCUUUCUCCAAAAAGGAAAUACUCUUGAGGUGCACGAUAGUAUUUUUCAAUGGUGGGCAUUUUGACAUAUGAAAAAGUAUUUUUAGCUAAGUUUAUUGUGUAGUAUUGCAAGACAUCAUAACCAGACAGAUCUAAGUUCAUUAUGUUUUAAAGUGACACAGCUUAUCUUGCAUAUAUAAAACAUUAAUGCAUUUUAGUUAAACACAUGAAAUGUAAUGCUGUUAUUUACACGUUAAGUUUGGAAUUUUUUUCUAGUAAUAUUUCAUUAGUUUCACAGCAAUAAAUCAUAGCAUAACAUUUUAUUUACACAGAAGUUCAAAGGGAAUGCAUUAGACAGAAAGAGGGUAGUUCAAUAGAAAUCAACCAAAUCAUCAGAAGGCCUCCUGGGAGGGAUAUAGAUAUUCACACUUUACAGAAAGGAAGGAGAAAUUUAAAAUUAGCUUUAAACAGCAGACACAAAACAUUUUGUUGGGUGUUACUCACUGUAGCUGAUGAAACAAAGUUGGGAACUGGUACAGCUAUCUAUCUGGGAGUCAGAGCACUUUAAAAAUACAUGUUGCUGACAUGGAAACACCUCUCUUGAAGCUUGCCAACCACAUCAAGGUGUGACAUGUUGCAUUUGUGAAACGACUUUUUAUUUUCAUUAGCAUUUACACAAAAAACGAAGGGAAAAUAAAACCCACUCGCGAAAACCACGAAAUCCAUCUGAUGUUCAUCUCUUAGAUUGUUGUUCACCUGUGGCACUCAUCAUUUCUCCCACCUUUACAAGACAGCUGUACUCAGGGAAUGGCAGGGGCAAGGGUGGCUGGAGGUCAUUGCUGGAAGCAAGAGGCUUCAGCUGGAGGGGGGAAAGAAGCUGAAAGCCAGGUGGGGUUCAGAUUUCAGUGCUUGAAGGUACCUGGAAGAACAAGAAUAAUCUGUUGGCAGGAGACUGGGCAUGACAGAAUGUGAUUUGGGUGAGAUGAAAUGGUCUUUUCUGCUUGGUAUUGAUUGCAUUAAUGAAAUAGCGUUGUCAGGCCAAUUUCCAGGCAGUUUGGUAGGUCAAUCUUUAACUAAAUCCAUACAUCAAGGACAAAAAAAAAAAAAAAAACUCCUACUAUUAAAAUAAGAAAACACAAUUUUAACACUGUUUCUGAAGGUUCUCCUUUUUCCUCUUUAAUUUCAUAAUUUAACAAAAAAAAAAAAAUUAUGGAUGUAUCAGAAAUGCCAGCAAGUGGAUUUAAAAUUCUUUUUUGUUUAAAAGCAGCAGCAACAACAAACAGACAUAAACCAACUACCUAACAUAAAAUUGGAUUCCUUUCUCUAUAAUAACCUAAUUUGUUUGACUGAGAUGGCUUCAUUUCUAUGACUGUAUUGUGUUGCCUUUUUUAACAAAACACUAAAUAACGUGUGAAACUUUCAACCCUAAGACAUCAAAGAGAGGCCCAAUGCCCCUAACCUUAUAGUGCUUUCUGUGAUAGAUAUUUACAAUUUUUUUAUUUGUUGCAAGGCCAAUUUAUUCAUUAUUGGAAAUGCUAAGCAAGUGGAAUUUACUGUUUUGUUAAUAAAAAUGUUUCUUAAUACAAA